AUCAGAUAGCACGCUGGCAUCCACGUAGUUGUUGAGGAGAUACGUUAUUAUAGAGAGUUGUGUAUCACACCGAAGUCAGUCUUCUUGCAGCGGCUCGUAAUAGCGUGAUUUGGAUACCUGCCUCAACAACAGUCAACGAGUCAUUCUCAUCCUCUUUACAAACAAUCGACACGCUUAUUCAUUAUGGCAUCUUUCUUCUCAUUCUCCUCAGUCCCUGUCGACAUUGAGAUUAAGCUACAGGGCGAAGAGGGUCGCAGGCAAGUGGAAGUCAAAGGUGAGAAGGAUCAGCGGGAGCUGUGUGCAGUCUAUUACGACGGUGAAAGUGUCAGCGGACAAGUAAACGUCCGAGUUAAGGAUGGCAAGAAGUAUCAGCAUGAUGGCAUCAGGAUCGAAUUGAUCGGCAGUAUAGAACUCUUCUACGAUAGAGGAAAUCACUACGAGUUCGUAUCCCUCUCUCAAGAGCUGGCCGCCGCUGGAGAGCUUCGCCAUGCUGAGAAAUACGACUUCAUCUUCAAAAAUGUGGAGAAACAGUACGAGUCGUAUGCUGGUAUAAACGUCAAAUUACGAUAUUAUCUACGAGUGUCAAUGAAUCGCAUCAGUAAGGAGAAGGAAUUUUGGGUGCACUCAUACCGGAUGCCCCCAGAAGCCAAUUCGGGUAUUCGGAUGGAAGUCGGGAUCGAGGAUUGCCUUCAUAUUGAGUUCGAGUACAACAAGGCCAAAUAUCAUCUUAAAGAUGUUAUCGUCGGGAAGAUAUACUUCCUUCUCGUUCGUAUCAAAAUCAAACAUAUGGAGCUGUCCAUCAUCCGUCGCGAGACUACAGGCUCACCUCCGAAUCAAUACAAUGAAUCCGAAACCAUCACGAAAUUUGAAAUCAUGGAUGGUGCACCGGUGCGAGGAGAAACGAUCCCUAUCAGGCUCUUUUUAGGCGGCUUUGAAUUAACACCCACCUUCAGGGAUGUGAACAAGAAGUUCUCGACUAGAUACUACCUUAAUCUAGUCUUGAUCGAUGAAGAAAACAGAAGGUAUUUUAAACAACAAGAAAUCACGAUCUUCAGGAUACCGGAGAACUAAGAAUGAUGUGGCAGGCACUGUCUGGAUGCCAGUAACUUGCUACCGUAUCUUCAGUGCUGUACCUGUCAUUCAAAAUACAGUCUUUAGGAAAAGCCCCGAGAUGAUGCUGUAGGGAAAUGAGGAAAAGAUUCGCUUUUGCAUAUUUUCCGGUACAAGAGAUGGACAAGAUUGAAGAUGAGAAGUUAUGUGUCACAGAUGGGAUGAUUAUAGCAAAUCUGCGUGUAUAUGGGCAGGUGAUCGUGAUGGCCUUUUCGGGUAGCAAGCUAAUGGUCUUCGAUGAGAGUCUGUCGCACAUACUUGUUUUUUAAGUUGAAUGCUGGUUGAGUUGGCGCUUUUGGCUGGAUGAACUUCAUGUCGGCCGGCGCCUGUUCCUGCAAUGAUCGUAGAAAUCGUCCACUCGGAUAUUCUGU